CACUGUGCUGCCCAAAUGAUUGGGAACAAGCCUAUAAAUCCAGAUGAGCGCAGAGGAAGCAGGCCUCGUUCAAUGGUACGAUCCUUCACAAUGCCAUCAACUCCAAGACCUUUAUCAGUUGCAUCAGUGUCCUCCAUGUCAUCCGACAGUACCCCAUCUAGGCCUGGUUCUGAUGGAUUUAUUCUUGAGCCACUUCUUCCAAAGAAAAUGCAUUCAAGAUCUCAGGAUAAGUUGGACAAAGAUGAAACAGACAAAGAGAAGAGGGAACGAAGAAAGGAAAAAAGGAAUAGCAAACAUCAAGAAAUGUUUGACAAAGAAUUUAAAACUACUGAUAUUUCUGGCCAGUCUACAGAGGCAGUGAUUCUCUCUGAAACGAUCAGUCCAUUAAGACCACAAAGACCAAAGAGCCAGGUGCUUAAUAUGUCAGCUGAUAAACGGUUGACUGCACCACCAAUAUCAACGCCAGUAACUCCCAAACCCAAGUUAUCCUUCUCCUUACAACCUGGCCUGAAUGUAGAUCUCAAUGGCUCAGAUAAUCCUGAGCAGACUGGACUACCACCUCCUCUUCCUCUCAAAAGCAACUCCAGUGAUUAUGGGACUCUGACCGAUAGUCAAGAACCUGCCAUUUCUAUCACACCUGUACAAUCAAGGCUCCCACCACCUCUACCAAGCAAGACACCACCUCCUCCUCCUCCUCCAAAAGCAACUCGGAAGCAAACUUCUGUAGAUUCUGGGAUUGGACAGUGAUUUAUUUCACAGAAUUAUUUACCAAUUCUAGCUACACAAUUCCAUUUCAAAAGACAAAAAUUGCAGUCUGCAAAUUUAUUUUCUUGGCUUUCAAACUGAGGGAAUGGAACAAAAUUAUACAUCUCAUUUAGAUCAACACAGUCAACAAUUGCAGUGAUUCCAAGUACAACAAUGAGACAUAAAGUAUGUACUUUAACCAACAGAUUCUGCUGCUGAGCUUUAAAUAUUGGUUUAGAAACUAAUUUAAUGGGCUGGAUUUUGCAGUCAGUGGCAAAAUGAUGUUACCCACCAUUGACUUUGAAGACACUAUGGUGUGAAUUUCAUCUUUGCUAACAUUAGUUUCAAACUGGUGCCAAGUUAUGAAAAUCUCUAGAGAUCCAGCAGCAGUAAUAACAUUGAAUAGAGUGAGCAACCUGUUACAUUGGAGUAUGCUCACAGCACCAAGCCAGGAAGGAAAAUGCACUUAAUUAUUUUUUAAAUUUCAGAGUGUGUGGAGUAAAUGAUUGGUCAUAAAUAUUAGAAGCUGGAAUAUCAUAAACAUCUAAGGAAAAUUAAAAGCUAAGAAUUUUUCGCAAUGGAAAAAAAUGACAUUGCACAAAUAUAAUGUUAGUUUUCUAGGAUGAAAGAGGUACACUGUUGAAAUUAAAUUGUAGCUCAUUAGUAAGACAUUAUGUUUUGGGAGUGCGGGGUGUUCAACAGAAAUAUUACAAUGUAAAAGAUAAAGUUCUGAUCAGUUCAGUGAUUUCUAAUUGAUUACAGUCUUCAACAGGGACUUCAACAGUGUUGCCUUUGGAGAAGCAUGGAGUCAUUUACAACAAUUUCCAUAUUUCCAUGUUUAACUUUGCAUAUGUAGAUUCCAAAAAUUGUUAGUUUCAUAAAUGUAAUGACUGAAAACAUGAUCAGUUUCACCAUUAUUACUACUGCAACAUCCGGACCAAUGACUCUGACUAGAAAAACACAUGCAUAUAUUACUUUUAUUGGUUUCAGUUUAAGUAGCAAUUCGACACUCCAUUCUCAGAUAUAAAAUUUUGCUUACUUUUCAAAUAAGACGGGUAAAGUAAUAGUCUUUGAAACCAAUUACUGCUUUGUCAAUGGAGUGUAAUCAUUAUGUACAGAGGUUUGUAUAUAUAUGAAGCUGAAAAUUUUAAAACUCCUUUUAUUACAAUUGCUUAGUAUAAUUCUGCAAAUCGAUUUAUUCCUAGUAAGAGCUUUUUAGAAUUUUAAAGCUUGUUGACUGUAAACUAUUGGUCAUAUUUUGCUAAAAGGUCAUGUUUUAGUUGUAUUUAAUAGGGUCAAAAUGGGAAAUGGAAUAUGCCAACUAGCUCUUUCUACAGUUCUUUUCGUAUGAGCUUAUGAUUUCUAAAAUUAAUUUUUAACAUUUUCUGUAAUCAUGAUAUGAUUGAAACUAGAAUAAUCAGAAUUCACUACUGACUCCCAAAAUAAAAACAAAAAUGUUAAAAAUUUCAA